AUGACAUCCUCAGAAGUCGCCCAGAAGCCAGUAAAGGGCCAGCAAGUUGCUGCCAGCCAACCUCAGUACGCUCGUGAANNGAAAAAGAGCAAAGUGCAAGCGCAAGUGCAAGUGCCGGUGUAUCUCAACCUGAACCUCUUUGGCGCACUCUCAGGAGCCUUCUCGGGCAAGUCGAAGAAGGAGAAGCAAGCCGAUGGCAGCGAAGUCGAACACAGACAAGACAACUCGGCCAUCAAGGGAGUAGCGAUGGGCAAUGGAAGUGCUGCCGGAGCCGCCGACGCCGAGGCGCAUGGAAGAGAGAUGCGGGAGCGCAUUUUGGCGGGCGAGAAGUAA